AUGACAUCUUAUGAGUCACCAAAAAGAUAUUUCGACAUUUGGUGGGCAGGUAUAAAAAGGUUGCCUGAAACGACUUCUAUACAUGGAUUUAGAUUUAUUGCCGACUCGAAACGGCAUUGGACCGAACGAAUAUUCUGGCUGGCUUUCGUCGGGAUAUCUUGGUAUGGUUCGUCCCUGCUGAUCCAGGCGCAGUACGCAGCGUACCAGAACAAACCCAUUUCCUUCGUGGUAGAAACCACGUACAAGGACUGGAAUACUGACUUCCCGUCAGUGGCUGUUUGUGAAAAUGAUAACACGCGACGCAUUGAGGCUAUUUCCGAUAAAUUGUGGGGCGAGGAUCAUGAUUUCAAUAUGGAAGAAGUGCUCAAAGAAAUUGCAUUUUUCAAAGGAAUCACAUACUACACUUCUGAAUUUUGUGGCUUAGAAAAUCCCUUGCCGGACUGCGUCAAGGGGAAUCUCAGUCAAUAUGCUAGCAUGGUUCGCAGUAGCUGUGAAGACACAUUUGCUAAUUGUUCUUGGAAUGGCGAAAGUUUUCCUUGCUGCAAAUAUUUCAGACCAAUGGAAACUGAAUUGGGCACUUGCUUUGUCAUCAAUAGUAUCCAAGGGAGAGAAAAGAAUGUGCCGAAAUUGCCAAUGGUCAGCAAUAAAACAACUGGCCCAGGCGCAAUCAAUUUCCUUGUCUUGGUCACUGCUAACGUUUAUAUACUGAAUGAGGAAGAAGUUCCUUCUCUCACUACGAUAGGGUCAGAUGUGCUUACGGUUGGCCCUGAAGUAACGCAUAAGCGAUACAUAACGAUCAGAAACAUUGAGAACGACGCAGAAGCACGUAUGAUUUCGCCGACCAAAAGGAAGUGCCGGUACACGGACGAAAACUUCUUAGACGUGUACCGUCAUUACUCGUACACGGCGUGUACAGUGCAAUGUAGGAAAGACGCACAACUCCGUCUAUGCAAUUGCACCAAUUACUUUAUGCCAAAUGUACCCGAUCACUUGAAGUGCAAUGUCAGCGGCAUUAUAUGUUUGAAUGACCAUGUGAAUGUGCUUUCUGUCUUGCGCGCUGAAUGGUCAUCAAGAACCGGGUUGUAUUGUAACUGCUUGCCUUCCUGCACUGAAGCAGAAAUAUCAAUUGUUAAAGAUUUCAAAGCUACCACCUCAGAGCCUUAUGCAAACGUCCAAAUUGCCCUGGCCAUGUUACCAAGUGAAAAGUACAGGAGGAAUGUUGUUCGAGGGGUUUUAGAUUUAGUUGUGUCUACUGGAGGUACCGGGGGUCUUUUUCUCGGCGCUAGUAUCUUGAGUUUCGUGGAGUUGCUAUACAUUCUUCUCAUUCGUCCAUUUUGUGACAUAUACAGCAAAAGAGAUGAGGAUCCUUGGUAUAGAAAAUAUGGGACUCGGAAGCUGGAAGACAACAAAUUCGUCCCUAAUCCAGUUUGGAGCUAUAACGCCGUUAAAAACGAUGCUAAUGUUCCCACUGAAAAUGUUCGUUAAGUUUAAGACGAACGGUAUUAUUAGAUCAGUUAAAUAUAUAUCUACAAUGUUUUUUGUAGUGUUUGCAAGAAAAUAAUGAAUUAAAACAGGAUGUAUCCCAUUUUUUUAUUAAUGAGUGUGCAAUGAAUUGAUAUCUAAUAAAUUAUUUAGCAAGUUCAGGUAUACAAUAUUUUUCAACAAUUUCUUCAAAGAUUCCCAAAACCUUGUUCUUAUAAUCCUCGUUAAUGCUCAUCAUUUUCUUUAAAAACUCGCCCUUAUUUUCGGACAUUAUUUGAUUGAACUGUUCCGAGUCCGAAAAAGUUUCAGUAGUCAAUUCAUCAUCAACCCAAAAUAAUUGAAUUAGGCAAGCGCAUGAAACGAGACCCCAUUUAGUCAUUUCCUCAGCUGAGGCUAAGAAAUCCUGUUUAUUUAAGAUUUCAUUAAUUUCUAUACCAUGAUUAGCAAGGUUGACUGUUAAUUGUUUGUAGUAAUAGUUUAAAAAGGUAUUUAAAUGAGUUUCUCGAAAUACAGGGUCUAAAUUACAGUACAGUAAUUGCAUAACGUCACCCGUUGGUGGAUGACAUUUAAAAGCCUGAAA